GCUGGAACGGAUGUGGCACACAACGCACCCAGUGAAGUAACGCGAGUGAAGUUUAUAAUCAACUGAAUUUAACAUUUUAUCUAUAAAAAAAGAUAAAUAUUUAAAACAUUAUCAAAAUAAUGGGGGAUCCAGCAUUACGUCAUAUCAAUGAGAAUGAAAACCAUUACAUGAAUAUUCUGCUUCUUGGAGAGACGGGCACUGGAAAGUCAACAUUCAUAAAUUCAUUCUUCAAUUAUUUGCAAUUUCCAUCCCUAAAUGAUGCAAUAGACGUUCCCGAGCUGACAUGCUUGAUCCCGGCAAAGUUUAGUAUUACUACCCAGGAUGGUGAUACACAGGAAGUGCAUUUCAAAAAAGACGAUAAUGAGAACGAUCAAUUGGGAAGCUCGUCGACCCUAUGUACAAAAUCUUAUGUCUUUCCUUUUGGAACUAAAAAUAUCCGUAUCAUAGACACACCUGGAAUAAACGACACACAAGGAGCAAUUAUUAAGGAUCGCGACAAUUUCCUGAAUAUUCUAGAGUAUAUUGGCCAGUUGUCAAAUCUGCACGCUAUUUGCUUUUUGAUGAAGCCAGAUGUGACUUCGAUUACAGCCGCAUAUAAAUAUUGUCUCGCUGAGCUCUUAUCACGAUUAAAUCGAUCUGCUGCCGACAAUAUCAUAUUUCUAUUUACACGCACGCGCAGUACUGAUUAUCAUGCACCGGAUACGAUUAACUGUUUGAAGAAAGUUCUAGAUGAAAUUGCCAAAAAGGAAGGUGUGACUAUACCACUGCGCUACAAGUCAGCUGAACAUAGAAACUGCUUUUUCUUCGAGAAUGAAGGAUUUAAAUAUCUUAUUGCAAAACAACAAGGUCUUCAAAUGCUGAAUCCGAAGCAACAUGAGAAAAGUUGGGAAGUGUCAUACAAUUCGACCUGGGACCUUAUAAAGUACAUCGAGGGAGAUGAAAAAAAUCCACAGUUGCCACCGCAUGAUGUUCAACAGACUGUUUCUGUUAACCGAGCCCGUCUGUUGAUCUUAGAAUUGGCCAAACCAUUGGCCGAUCUUAGCGAUCUGACGGAAGACAACGUCCGCGCAAUCCAGAAGCAUAUUGAAAAUAUUGCAAGGGAAAACAUUACAGCAGAAGAGCUCAAACAAAAAUUGUACAUACCCGCUGUAGGUUUGGAUGUCAGGGAUCUACAAAAACCUGUAACUGUUUGUGCUGCAGGCCAAUGUACAGAGACCUAUGUGGUGGGAGACAUUAAAAAGAACCAUUACAAGCAAAGAUGCCACAAUCCCUGUUAUUUAGAAGGAGUUGCAGCGGACAUAAUAGGUGAUGCAAUAUUGAUGGGAUGUGCAGCAAUGAAUGGCAACAACUGCAAGGAAUGUGGAUGCCAUUACUCAUUGCACAUGCAUGUCUACUAUGAAACAACAACUAUCGAGACAAAGAUAAAAAAUGAAACGGUAGUGUCAAGAAUUGCUACUCAAGAGGAGAUGAUUAAAGUGCAAUAUGAUCAAAUUCGUUUGUUGGAAAAGCGCAAAGCUGAAUACAUAAACGAACACAAGGAAAUUACCACAGCAUUAGCAACCUUUUCAUUCUUUUUGUGUAACAACUCUAUAUGUGUAAUUAAUGAUGCUUAUGAAGAAUAUUUAAAUGUUUUAAUUCAGAAUGCGAAGAGAAGAGAUUCACUAGAGAGCAGCUUAGCGGAUCGGUACGAGUCACUAAAAAGAGAAUACAUCGAAGAGAAGCGUCAAAUUAAUCUCAUCAUUAUAAUGGACGAUCAAGUUUUACGUCAAAUAAAUGAAAAUGAACACGAGUUCAUAAAUAUUCUGCUUCUUGGAGAGACGGGCACUGGAAAGUCAACAUUCAUAAAUUCAUUUUGCAAUUAUUUGCAAUUUUCAUCCCUAAAUGAUGCAAUAGACGUUCCCGAGCUGACAUGCUUGAUCCCGGCAAAGUUUAGUAUCACUACCGAGGAUGGUGAUACACAGGAAGUGCAUUUCAAAAAAGACGAUAAUGAGAACAAUCAAUUGGGAAGCUCGUCGACCUUACGUACUAAAUCUUAUGUUUUUCCUUUUGAAACAAAACUGAUCCGUAUCAUAGACACACCCGGAAUAAACGACACACAAGGAGCAAUUAUUAAGGAUCGCGACAAUUUCCUGAAUAUUCUUGAUUAUAUUGGCCAGUUGUCAAAUCUGCACGCUAUUUGCUUUCUGAUGAAGCCAGACGUGACUUCGAUUACAGCCGCAUAUAAAUAUUGUCUCAUUGAGCUCUUAUCACGAUUAAAUCGAUCUGCUGCCAACAAUAUCAUAUUUCUCUUCACACGCACGCGCAGUACUGACUAUCGUGCACCGGAAACGAUUAACUGUUUGAAGAGGGUUCUAGACGAAAUUGCCAAAAAGGAAGGUGUGACUAUACCAUUGCGCUACAAGUCAGCUGAACAUAGAAACUGCUUUUUCUUUGAGAACGAAGGAUUUAAAUAUCUUAUUGCAAAACAACAGGGUCUUCAAAUGUUGAAUCCGAGACAACAUAAGGAAAGUUGGGAAGUCUCAUACAAUUCGACCAGGGACCUUAUAAAUUACAUUGUGGGAGAUGAAAAACAUCCACCGUUGCCACCGCAUGAUGUUCAACAGACUGUUUCGGUUAACCGAGCCCGUCUGUUGAUCUUAGAAUUGGCCAAACCAUUGGCCGAUCUAACGGAAGACAACGUCCGCGCAAUCCAGAAGCAUAUUGAAAAUAUUGCAAGGGAAAACAUGACAGCAGAAGAGCUCAAACAAAUAUUGUACAUACCCUGUGUAGGUUUGGAUGUCGAGAACCUUGAAAAGCCUGUAACUGUUUGUGCUGCAGGCCAAUGUACAGAGACCUAUGUGGUGGGAGACAUUAAAAAAUACCACUACAAGCAAAGAUGCCACAACCCCUGUUUUUUAAGAGGAGUUGCAGCGGACAUAAUUGGUGAUGCAAAAUUGCUGAGAUGUGCAGCAAUGAUUGGCAACAACUGCAAGAAAUGUGGAUGCCAUUACUCAUUGCACAUGCAUGUCUACUAUGAAACCACAACUAUCCAAACACGUAUAAAAAAUGAAACGGUAGUGUCAAGAAUUGCUACUCAAGAGGAGAUGAUUAAAACGCAAUAUGAUCAAAUUCGUUUGUUGGAAAAGCGCAAAGCUGAAUACAUAAACGAACACAAGGAAAUUACCACAGCAUUAGCAAAAUUUUCAUUCUUUUUGAGUAACAACUCUAUAUGUGUAAUUAAUGAUGCGUAUGAAGAAUAUUUAAAUGUUUUAAUUCAGAAUGCGAAGAGAAGAGAUUCACUAGAGAGCAGCUUAGUGGAUCGGUACCAGUCACUAAAAAGAGAAUACAUCGAAGAGAAGCGUCAAAUUACCGAAGCAGCCAGAUUGGCGAAAAAACAGAAUAUAACACACGUCACCUCGGAUCAGAUUUUAGAAACCUACUUACGCUUGAUUAAUUUGCCACUGUCGGGUGAAACAAUUAAGAUACUCCAUAAAAUAUUCAAGCAGGGCAGUCAUAACGAACAGAUGAUGAAUACGGAAUAUGUACACUCCAAAAUAUUUAAAACACCAGUUUCGCCUGCUCAAAAAGUAAAUUCUAGGAACGAAGGGCAAGAUACAAGAAAUAUCACACUACUACCGAUUGAAUAUGCCAGUGGUACCAAAUCAUACAAUGAAAAUCAACUUGUUCCGAUGGGAGCUAUAAGAAAAGAAUUAUGUCAAAUAGCGUAUACCGGUGGCGAGACAUCAUCAGAUAAUACCGAAAACGCUAGAAGUGAAAUAAGUUUUAGUGAUAUGCAACAGUACAUUGCCGAGCGACGAGGGCAAGUGCAAGCGCAGAGUCUUGGAACAAAAUUGAUUGUCGAUGUCGUAAAAGAUAAGCCACCAAAAGAUGGAUCCACAGCAGGGUGGUUUAGUAAGGUCAGUCAUCUCAUGCCUGGAAGCUCCACCAAGAAAACCGAUAAAACUGAAACUAAAAAUAAUCUUUAAAUUUUAUAUAACAUAUGAUGAUUGAUAUUUGAACACAAAUGUGUUUUCAAUGGGCCUACUUACUGUUACUAACACUUUGUGUUAUUUUUAAAUGCGUUGAUUUGCUGUGUUCACUAAAUAGUCUUGGGAAUAUUAUUGAACUGAUAUUCAAAAGUAAUUAUCCACAUUAUGCAUUUUGCAAUCGUAAACAAAGUAUAUAUUCUUAUAUAAUUAAUUAAAUAACUUUACAUUUUAUACUCAA